AUGGCCGACGAACAAGUCAAGGUCGUGUGGACGACGUUGAAAGUUCCUGUGAUUUGGAAGUCGUUCUACUACGCCGUCGAAGUCCGCCAGUUUUCACCUGAGUUCUUGGGGACGUCGGCGCCCUCGGUAAAAUCUUUGGUCUACAAUACGUGGUUCACUGCCAUGCCUUUCCGCGCGAUCCUCAUGCGCGCGCAGAUCUGUUUGGCUGUGGUAUCCAUCGCCGAAGUGCUGCUCGUGACGCGCAGCAACGCCAAAAUGGGCAUCUCAGACGGGUCGUUCGUCUUGCUCGAAUCGAUGUUUGGCGAAGUCGUCGGGCGACUCAUUGCCAUGCCAGUGCUUGUCCUUUGCGCGAAGAUGUGCCCCCGCGGUAUCGAAGGCACGUUCUCUGCACUCCUCAUGGCCAAUAUGAACUUGAACUAUUCUGUCAGCAGUCAAAAGUACGACCAACUGAGGGUUGCGAUUUUGAUCCGCAGCACCAUGAUGCUUCUCCCCCUUGGCUCCUUGUGGUUGCCACCAGCAAACGACCCUGCCGAUGAAGUCGAGGCCGCAACACACUGCUCUGUAGUUCCCGCGACUGUCGACAUUGGCUUCCGCACAAUCGUCAACGACGACGACGACGGCGCGGGCAUGCUUGGAGGCAAGCAGCACCACGGCGACAUGUAA